AGCCACAGACAUGGGAGGUAGGUGACCCCACAAGGUGGGGGCCGUUUUCCCACCAGCUUUCAUGGUUUUGAUACUGAAAGAUCCGAAUCCUUAUCUUCACAACCUCACGUUGUUGGGUUCUUCACCACUCACUUCAGUUCUCUGCAGCCUCUUAAUACGUCCAUCUUCAUAGUGCAACAUACACUCCAACUACUUUUUUUUUUUUUUUUUUUUUUCCUUCUUCUUCUACCUUCUCAGAUUUUCUGUGUCUGUCUUUCUGUCCCAUAUCUCGGACAGACUUUCACCGUCUCCUUACUGUUGGUUAAGCUCCAGCUUUCUCUGAAAGGGUUUUGAAUAGUUUUCCCAGGAAAAGGAAAAGGGCCUUUAGAUUACUGUGAAACUGUCUCUUUGGCUUACAUUUUCUACGAAAUUUUGUGGGAUUGUUAGGCACUGUUGGUGGGAUCCGUAGCAACGAUUCUCUAUCUGGGUAGCACUUGAGUUUUCAUGGAAAUCUCUCUCUCUCCCUCUCUCUCACUCACCAAAGGAGAAGACAUUUAAGGGGUUGGAUAUUUAUAUUUACCAAAAUUUCUGAGAAAGAAAAAUGAAAAUUCAGUGUGAUGCGUGUGAGAAAGCUCCGGCAACCGUGAUUUGUUGCGCAGACGAGGCAGCCCUGUGCGCGAAAUGCGACAUUGAAGUUCAUGCAGCAAAUAAGCUCGCAAGCAAGCACCAGAGGCUUCUCCUCCAAUGCCUCUCCAACAAGCUCCCUAGAUGUGACAUCUGCCAGGAUAAGGCAGCUUUCAUUUUCUGUGUCGAAGACAGAGCCCUCUUUUGCCAGGACUGUGAUGAACCAACUCAUUCAGCUGGUAGCCUUUCAGCAAACCAUCAGCGGUUUCUUGCUACUGGAAUUCGUGUGGCUUUGAAUGCCAGUUGUAACAAGGAUGCUGAUAAGAGUUGCUUGGAGCCUCCUAAUCAGAACAAGCAACAGAUCUCCGUGAAAACGUCCACACAGCAAGCUUCUAGCCUCACAUCUCCUUGGGGUGUUGAUGACUUGUUGCAUUUUUCUGAUCUCGAAUCAUCUGAGAAGAAAGAGGCACUUGAGUUGGGAGAGUUUGAGUGGUUAGCAGAGAUGGGCCUUUUUAAUGAGCAAAUUCCUCAGGAGGCUUUAGCAGCAGCAGAAGUUCCUCAGCUUCCAAUGUCACAAUCAAGCAACUUCAUCUCAUGCAGACCCAAUAAAUCCAGCAUGACCUACAAGAAGCCUAGAAUCGGAUUCCCAGAUGACGAUGAUGAGCAUUUCACAGUUCCUGAUCUUGGCUGAGAUUCUCAAGAUAGUUGUUUGAGAUGGUGAUCAAUAUAGGUUGAUGAAAUGUACAAUCAUGCUUCCAUUAUUGCAUCUAUAUAUGUAUCGAUUUCUGUGUAUAUAUAUAGUGUGCUAUUACCCUUUUUUUUUUUUCUUUUCAAGGUUCUGUCAUUGCGAGUUUCAUGAUUGUGAUCUAGCUAUAAGGUUUAGUUUAGGGGGGAUUUCCUUCUCUUUACUACUCGAAAUACCAAUUUUUCUGCUCUUUAUAUUAUAAAACAUGCAUAGGAUCUUCAGCUUAA